ACAAGAGGGUGCGCCAGAGCUCUCGGCACGCCCGCAUGCCCAACGUGUGGUCGCCGUGCGUCCAGCUGAUCAGAAGUCCGUGCAUCCGAUGCAAGCCUAUGGCGAUCGCCUAUGUUAAGUGAUCGAGGUGUUCCUUCGUAGCCGAUCCCUCUGUCAAUCCCUCCGCGGGCCGACGGGAACGUAAUCGCGAUGGCGCGGUGAUAAACGAGAGUGUGAUCGUUCGGCGAACGCGAGAGGACGUCUUUGUACGUUCACCCUAGCCCACCCCCACUUCUUUGAUCGCGACCGUGUCGGUUCUUUGUACUUGUUCUCUGCGCGUGUAGCAGCUUAGAUCCCGCUGGAGGCACGUCGACGAUGCGGCCCGUAAACCGCCGUCGUCCCGAUCGCCUUCGAUCCACCUAAUCGUCGGAUGUCGUUGAACGUCGUAGCAUCGUCGACAGAGGGUGGACCGCAAAACCCGACGAGCUGCAUUCCGCGACCGGGCCGCUUCCGAAACGGACAAAAGGCCGCUCGAUAAUCACCACAGAUCCGUAUAAUGGCCAACGACACGAUACACAGACGAUACAGUUACAAACGUGAAAGGAUCGUAGUAUUGCAAUACCUAUAACAACGUUACCAGUUCCUGGCCACUCAGAAGUGAAUAUCUGUUCAGCAUUAUCGCUGGGCAAGGAUCUAAGCAAAUUCACCAUGCCCGUCAUUUUCAAUGAACCGCUCUCGUUCCUUCAACGGGUCGCUGAGUACAUGGAGUACGCCAAAUUGCUCAAGCAAGCGGCUCAAGAGGAAACCCCCGUUGGAAGGUUACAGUACAUCGCUGCUUUCGCUGUCAGCGCUUUAGCGUCAAAUUGGGAGAGACUUGGCAAACCUUUCAAUCCCAUCCUGGGAGAGACGUACGAGCUAGAACGAGAGGACUUCCGGAUAGUUUGCGAGCAAGUGUCGCAUCAUCCGCCGGUGUCCGCUUUCCAUGCCGACAACGAGGAUUUCAUUUUCCACGGCAGCAUACACCCGAAACUAAAAUUCUGGGGCAAGUCCAUAGAAAUCCACCCAAAAGGCGUCGUCACAGUUGAACUUCCCAAAUGGAAGGAAGCGUACACUUGGCAGAACAUCAACUGUAUACUGCACAACGUGCUGGUGGGCCAACUUUGGAUGGAGCAGCUCGGCUUCCUCGAGAUCAAACAGAGCGGCGGAGCGAACCUGAAGGCGACUCUCUCUUUCAAGAGCAGCGGCUGCAACGGGAAGGACCUUCACCGUGUCGAAGGCUUCAUAACGGAUCAAGAUAAGAAGAAGCUUUUGUUCCUUUACGGAAAAUGGACGGAGAGGAUGAAGAUGUGCGAUCCGGUGUUGUACGAGGAAGCUCUGGAGAGGUUGAAACGGGAGGCGAAGAGUCCUCAGGGUAGUCCUGGCCACAAGAAAGUUCUAGCGAAGCUACACAGUCUCAAGGUCGGAGCUUUCAAGCCUUCCCAUCAGGAUGCAAUUGACGAUCCAUCAGCAAGCAUGGACGGAGAGGACACCCCAACGAUCGAUGAUAUCCCUGGAUCCACGACCCUCUGGGAAGCUGCUCCAAGGUUGCCCAAUAGUUCAGAGUAUUACCAGUUCACAUCGUUCGCGAUGUCGUUGAACGAAUUGCUACCGGAACUUGAAAAAGUGAUAUGUCCAACGGACUCCAGAUUGAGGCCGGAUAUCAGGAAAUUGGAAAAUGGAGAUCAGGAUGGCGCCGCGGCAGAGAAAACUCGGCUCGAGGAGAAGCAACGAGAUAUGCGUAAAAAUCGAAAGCACAAGAAAUGUCAGGAAUAUGUACCCAGGUGGUUCCGGUUAGACAUCAACCCUUACACGGGUCAAGAGGACUGGCUGUAUCAAGGAGGAUACUGGAACCGCGAUUACGCCAACAUCGACGACAUAUUUUAACAAACACGAAAAUCCUCCGUCAACCACCAGAAACACUAACAAUUGAACGAAGUGCGACGCAUGUCCUGGUGAGAAGGGUACACAAUUAUCGGUACACCGUGCAGGAUCCUAAGCUUUUUACUCCCCAGUAUCGGAUUUCGUUUGUCUCCUCUAUCAUUCGUCGUCGUUUCGGUCGAAACGAAGCCAUAUUUGUGUGCGAUUUCCAUUAUCGAAUUAUCGAGCAGACUUGAGGGCACGCGAGGAAAGCUGAGGGGAACUCUAAGAACCAUACGAUGGCGCACGAUGGAUCUCCAACUAUCAACCAGUCAAUUAUAUUGCAUUAAGAGCCAACGAUUACUCGUUUGACUUGCAAUGCGGCCUCUGAAAUAGUAUGGGACUGCGCGAUCACCUGUUCUUCUCUUUUCUACUCACGUGUGCGGGGUGCAGGCCUCAAGUUGGCUCGAUAAAUAUUAAAAUCUUGGGACUUCGAAGACGAGGUCCACGCGAGGCGCGAAACUUUCCGAUCGAUCCUCGACAUAUUAAUCUUCCGCGGACCGUGUGAGGUGAAAUUAACCCUAGCGGUUUUAAAGCUGCUUGUAGUAUUCUGUUUUGAAGUAUUCUGUUGCGAAGUACACGCGAGCGGCCUGGGUUUCUGUUACCAAUAAUAAGUUGUUUAUUUUAAAAAUAU